AUGGCCGCGGGGCGCCACGGAGGGUACAGUGGCUACGAGGUGUCGAAGGAGCGGGAGUUCGAUCUGGAGGCUUCUAGAAGGGGCAAGGAUUACCAUCACCGCAACCCUAGCCGACACCGCGACUCAGAUCGUCGUCGUGAUGGCGGCCGGAGCAGGGACCGGGAGCCGUCAAAUGGGCACACCCGCCACCGGUCGCCACAUCUGCCACUGAAGAGCCGGCCGUCAGGGAGGAGGGAGGAGAGGGAACCCGGCGAGGUUUCAAGCGGAAGUGGCUCGGAAGAGUCUCGUGGGUGUCCGCUCAAGGCAAGGGAACCUGGUGUGAAUGGUGUUGCUGGGGUCAGCAGGGAGGGCGGGGUGCCAUCCCCAACUAAGAAGCGAAAAUACUCGCCUAUUAUUUUGGACAGGAAUGGUUCAAAGCCUCGUGUCCAAGAUUUUGCGAGUAGCAUGAAAGAUGUAGGCACUGUGGUUGCCAACCUCCCAGAUGUUGGCAACCCGAGCAGCAUUGAUUUGGAUGCAUCGGUUGAUGUACAAAAUGUUGAAAGAUUACAGGAGCACUGCAAUGAUAGGGUUAUUAUGGAGGAGGAUGAGGAGGAGGAUGCUUAUCCAACAAUGAUAAACAUUAGGACUUCACGAUGGGCAGAUGCUGAUGACGAGGAAGAAAUUGUGUCGAAGAAGAAGAAAAGCGUGUCACCAGAACAAGGGUCCGUGAAAAAGCUUACAAGCCCAGAGCUUGGAAAGUUGAUGAUGGAUAAAGACUCAAACUCCUCAGUGUCGUCUGACUCUGGCGUAGUACAGUUUAGUGCAAACAGGGAUCUUGAAGUAGAUAAGGGUGACUACAUGGAUAUCGAGAAGGAUGCUGGGGAUGAUUCUUCUGCUCUUUGUGGGAUGCACACUGAUUCUGAGAGUCAUCGGUGUAGCUCUAGAACCCCAGAGCCCGCAGGGUCACCGCAUAGGUGCAUUAACAUGCUUCAGGGUUGUAGGGGUGUUGACGAGUUUGAGAGGCUCAACACAAUUAAUGAGGGUACAUACGGUAUUGUAUCUAGGGCAAAGGAUAAGAAAACUGGUGAGAUUGUUGCAUCGAAGAAGGUAAAGAUGGAGAAUGAACGGGAAGGUUUCCCACUGACUUCUCUCAGGGAAAUAAAUAUCCUGCUAUCGUUCCAUCACCCUUCGAUUGUGGAUGUCAAGGAAAUAGUCGUUGGGAGUGGUGACAGCACCUAUAUGGUGAUGGAGUACAUGGAGCACGAUCUCAAGGCUGUCAUGGAGACUAUGAAACAACCAUAUAGUCAAAGCGAGGUCAAAUGUUUGAUGCUUCAGCUGCUAGAAGGUGUGAAGUAUCUUCAUGACAAUUGGGUGAUUCACAGGGAUCUCAAGACGUCUAAUAUUCUCUUGAAUAACCGCGGUGAGUUGAAAAUAUGUGAUUUUGGGCUCUCUCGUCAAUAUGGCAGUCCACUAAAGCCUUACACUCAAUUGGUUGUGACUUUGUGGUACAGGGCUCCAGAACUACUGUUAGGCGCAAAGGAAUAUUCCACUGCUAUUGAUAUGUGGUCGUUGGGUUGUAUUAUGGCAGAACUCCUUUCAAAAAAGCCACUGUUUGAUGGGAAACGUGACAUCGACCAACUUAGUAAGAUAUUUAGAAUGCUUGGUACACCUAACGAGGACCUAUGGCCUGGUUAUUCUAAAUUACCGGGCGCCAGGGCCAAAUUUGCCAAACAACCGUACAAUAGAUUACGGGAAAAGUUUCCAGCUGUAUCUUUCACUGGUGGGCUGACCCUGUCAGAGGCUGGAUUUGACCUGCUAAACAGAAUGCUGACGUAUGACCCUGAAACGCGCAUAUCAGCAGAGGAUGCGUUGAACCAUGAAUGGUUCUGUGAAGUACCAUUGCCUCAGUCAAGGGAUUCUAUGCCAACAUUUCAUUCCCUUAAUGAACAAGACAGGCGCAUGAUGAAACGCAUGAAGAGCCCUGAUCCUCUGGAGGAGCAACGAAUGAAAGAACUGGGGAGCAUACACGACCGUGGAAUUUUUGGCUGA